AUGGCGUCCCGGCAGCACAACCCGAAAUCCAAGACGCUCGGCAACAAAUACAUGCUGGGGGACGAGAUAGGGAAGGGCGCGUACGGGCGCGUCUACAAGGGGCUUGACCUGGAAAAUGGCGACUUCGUGGCCAUCAAGCAGGUCUCGCUGGAGAACAUCCCGCAGGAGGAUCUCAAUAUUAUCAUGCAAGAAAUUGAUCUACUGAAAAAUCUCAAUCACAAAAAUAUUGUGAAGUAUCUUGGAUCAUUGAAGACAAAUAGCCAUCUUCAUAUCAUUCUGGAAUAUGUGGAGAAUGGUUCACUAGCCAAUAUUAUCAAGCCAAACAAAUUUGGACCAUUUCCUGAAUCAUUAGCAGCCGUCUACAUUGCUCAGGUGUUGGAGGGCCUUGUCUAUCUGCAUGAGCAAGGUGUCAUACAUAGAGAUAUCAAGGGUGCAAAUAUAUUGACAACUAAAGAGGGCCUUGUUAAACUUGCUGAUUUUGGAGUUGCUACUAAAUUAACUGAAGCCGAUGUCAACACACACUCAGUUGUUGGAACCCCAUACUGGAUGGCCCCCGAGGUUAUUGAAAUGUCUGGUGUUUGUGCCGCGUCAGAUAUCUGGAGUGUUGGUUGCACAGUUAUUGAGUUACUCACUUGUUCCCCACCAUAUUAUGAACUGCAGCCCAUGCCUGCACUGUUUCGCAUUGUUCAGGAUGUGCAACCACCAAUACCAGAAGGAUUCUCUCCUGAGAUUACUGAUUUUCUCCGGCAAUGUUUUCAAAAGGAUUCAAUACAACGGCCUGAUGCAAAGACAUUGUUGAUGCACCCAUGGUUGCAGAACUCGAGACGGGCCUCGUCAUCUCCCCGGCAGACUAAUCCGAGGCAUAUUGACAUGGAUGAUGAAGUCCCAAGUAGUGAUAAUCACGCUGAGUUUUCUGGUCCAUCAGGAGAUACACAAGCACCUGUUGCUUCUGACAUUGAACAGGAGGAUGGAACAAAAGAACUGGUUUCUGUAUCUGCGGGACAAGGUAAAUCUGACGAGCUUCAUGAUGGAAAACCUGCAGAAAGCAAUAUUUCAAACAAUGUGGAACUCAUGAAAGAUAAUGUGGUUCUCACUAAAGAUCCUACAUUAGUUUUCCAUGAAAAGCUAUCAUUGGAAUCUUCUCCUGGAGCUACCGAUUUAAAUGGCAAGAUAAAACAUGAACCUUCGCAAGAUGUUCUGCCAACUAAGGUAGCUAGGAGCAGCCAAGAAUCAAAAAACGGUGCCAGCAAAAAUUUAGAGCCUGAAAGUAAAGACCCUUCGAGUUUUGAGGAUGAUGAUGCUUUCUCCUUCCAGGCUGGGAGACAGAAUGCCACCUUUCUACAGGAGGCAAAACCUUUAGUUGCCGAGGGAGCUAAUGGACUGAGUAGAUUCAGUGAUACACCUGGAGAUGCCUCCUUGGAGGAUUUAUUCCCAAUUGACAAGCGAGGAGAUCAUGGGGGUGAAGCUUCAACAUCCACUACCGCUCAAGAGCUCAGGGAUAGGAUGGUGUCACAGAAGCAGAAGGGAAAUGACAAUGUGCCCAUGAAUGGCGGAAAACUUCUUGAAUUAUUUGAGGAAUUUCAUGACAACAUUCCAGGAGAGAAUCUUUUCCCUUUACAGUCUGUGGAAUACAGCAAAAUAGUAGCACAGCUGAAGCCCGGGGAAAGUGAAGAAGUAAUACUGUCAGCAUGCCAAAAGCUUAUGUUAUUCUUCAGUCACCGGCCUGAGCAAAAACAGAUUUAUGUGUCACAGAAUGGUUUCCUUCCGUUGAUGGAACUUCUUGAACUUCCAAAAAACCGUAUUAUAUGUUCUGUUCUGCAACUCAUCAACUACAUUGUAAAAGAUAAUACAGGCUUCCUGGAAAAUGCCUGUCUUGUUGGCCUUAUACCAGUGGUGAUGAAUUUUGCCGUGCCAGAUCGUGCAAAGGAAGUCCGGAUGCAAGCAUCCUUUUUUCUGCAGCAGCUUUGCCAGGCCAGCACCUUGACGUUGCAAAUGUUCAUUGCAUGUCAAGGUAUACCUGUUUUGGUGAGUUUUUUGGAGCCUGACUAUGCAAAAUUUAGCAGGGAAAUGGUUCAUCUUGCAAUUGAUGGCAUCUGGCAGGUCUUCAAGCUUCAGCAUUCAACGCCGAGAAAUGACUUCUGUCGUAUAGCAGCAAAGAAUGGGAUACUUCUCAGGCUAGUUAAUACUCUUCAUAGCUUGAAUGAAGCAACACGAUUUGCUUCCAUCUCAGGGUCAGGUGCUUCAGUAACACAGAAUGGUUCCACCCCCCGUCUAAAAUCUGGUCAGCUAGAUGUGCCGAUGCUAGAAAGUUCUAAAGUAAGGCUGGAUCAUUACCAUUCAUCUGGCUCCAUGCAGUCAUUACAAGCAGAUGCUGAUAAGCACCAUAUCUUAUUGGAUCCUUCAGCAUCUCCCAGGUUCAAUGAUAUAUCUGCUGCUGGUCACAUGGAGAGAAACGAUAAUGACCUGGUAAGGCCACAGCGGCUUAGUGUUUCUGGAGGAAGGUCAUCAACAGACAGAUCUCCCAAGCAUAUAGAAUUAGUAUCAAAUGGACAUAGUAGUGGUCAGAAUGAUCAAAUCCGGCCUCUACUGAGUUUAUUGGAGAAAGAACCUCCCUCUCGUCAUGUAUCUGGACAGCUUGAUUAUGCCCGUCACAUGUCUGGACUAGAAAGGCAUGAAAGUAUUUUGCCACUGUUACAUGCUUCAGUAGAGAGGAAAACAAAUGGUGAACUUGACUUGCUAAUGGCAGAAUUUGCUGAGGUCUCUAGACAGGGAAGAGAGAAUGGUAACCUUGAUUCUAAUAUGAAAGCUUCAAAUAGGGCUCCAAGUAUGAAGUAUGGCCCAACAGCUUCCAAUGAGGGAACUUCAACAUCUGGAGCAGCGUCACAAACAGCAUCUGGCGUGUUGUCUGGAUCAGGAGUGCUCAAUGCAAGAAUGCCAGGAAGUACAACAUCAUCUGGUCUAUUAGCUCAAAUGGUUUCUAUGAGUGCUGAUGUUGCACGCGAGUAUCUUGAGAAAGUGGCAGAUCUUCUUUUGGAGUUUGCACAAGCAGACACUGUUGUAAAAUCUCUCAUGUCUAGCCAAAGCCUUCUCGCACGGCUGUUCCAGAUGUUCAAUAAGAUAGAAUCUCCUAUUCUUCUGAAGAUUCUUAGGUGCAUUAAUCAUUUGUCUGGUGAUCCUAAUUGUCUAGAGACACUUCAACGCACAGAUGCUAUCAAGCAUUUGAUACCAAUUCUCGAACUUCGUGAUGGACCUCUAGUUUUUCAAAUACAUAGCGAGGUCCUCAAUGCGCUGUUCAACCUUUGUAAGAUCAAUAAAAGAAGACAGGAACAAGCAGCUGAAAAUGGGAUCAUCCCUCACUUGAUGAAUUUUGUCAUGUCAGACUCGCCGCUAAGGCAGUAUGCAUUGCCUCUGCUUUGUGAUAUGGCUCAUGCUUCUCGCAACUCUAGAGAGCAGUUGAGAGCUCAUGGAGGCCUGGAUGUGUACUUGGACCUGUUAGAGGAUGAUGCAUGGGCAUGUACAGCUUUGGAUUCCAUUGCUGUUUGUUUGGCUCAUGACAAUGAUCACAGAAAAGUAGAGCAAGCCUUGUUGAAGAAAGAGGCCAUUCAGAAGUUGGUGAAAUUUUUCGAAGACUGCCCUGAACAAUAUUUUGUUCAUAUACUCGAUGCUUUCCUCAAAAUAAUCACGAAAUCAUCUCGGAUAAAUACUGCAAUAGCCACCAAUGGUUUGACGACAUUGCUUAUUGCAAGACUUGACCAUCGAGAAGCUAUUGCUCGUUUGACUCUGCUGAAACUAAUAAAGGUUGUCUAUGAGCACCACCCUCGACCAAAGCAGCUCAUAGUGGAGAACGACCUUCCCCAGAAGCUACAAAACCUCAUUGAAGAACGUAGGGACGGGCAACGUGGCGGUCAACAAGUGCUGGUCAAACAAAUGGCCACCUCACUGUUGAAAGCAUUGCACAUCAAUACAGUCUUGUGA